AUAAACUUAUCUUUGUUGUAAGAUUUGAUUCAGUAAAUGGCAGUUUUGACGACUUAAAACAAGAAUUUCUAUCACACAAUUCACUGUUUACUGCUUCUCUCUCUCUGUCUCUGGAAUUUAGAAUUCAGAGAAGAUAGCUACGAAGAUGAUAUGCAUCUCCGUCUGUUUUUCUACCGGAAAUUCUCUAGUUUGAGGCAAUUAGAUCCGUUAACCUCGAUCGGUGCCAACAUAAGGUCUUUUGUUCAACAUGGGCACUAUUCAGAAGCCCUGCAGUUGUACUCCAAUGGUAGAGCGUCAUUGCUUUCUCUUCAGAAACCUGAUAAAUUCACCUUUCCUUCUCUCCUCAAGGCCUGUGCUGCCCUUUCGGACUGCCGCAAUGGAAGUAAGAUCCAUGCCACCAUCAUUUGUAUGGGUUUACAGUUCGAUACCUACAUCGCUAGCUCGCUCAUCAAAAUGUAUGUUAAAUGUGGGUCCCUUGGUAAUGCAGUCAAAGUGUUUGUUUCAAUCUCUGAAUGUGAGGAUUCUGUAAACGAUGUCACUCUUUGGAAUUCUAUCAUUAGUGGGUAUUUUGAGUAUGGAUUUAUCCAUGAUGCUUUUCUUCAGUUUCGCCUAAUGCAAUCAUUGGGUGUCAGGCCCGAUGCGUACUCCCUGAGCAUCGUCCUUCAAAUCUGCAGUAAAUCCUGUAAUCUUAUGGGUGGGAGGCAGAUUCAUUCCUAUGUUGUUAGACAAUUGCUUGAUGGGGACCCUUACUUGGAGACUGCAUUGAUUGACAUGUAUGCAAAAUGCUGUCGACCGAUGGACUCAUUGCGAGUUUUUGAUAGAAUGGAGGAUAAGAGCAAUGAUGUACCGUGGAAUGCAAUGAUUUGUGGGUUUUGUGAGAAUGGACUGUGGGAGAAGAGCUUGAAAUUUUUUGUACUGAUGAACAGUGAGAAUUGCAAGCUUGGAUCAGCAACAUUCUCUAGUGUCCUGACAGCAUGUUCUCAUGGAGAAGAUAUGGGUUUUGGUAGGGCAGUUCACUGCAAUGUGAUUAAGAUAGGUCUUGAAUGGGAUCCCUAUGUUUAUUCCUCUCUCCUCAGCAUGUAUGCCAGGAGUAGGACAAUAGAAGAUGCACAGAAAGUUUUUGACCAGAAAACCGAUAAAGAAACUGAAUUGUGGAAUGCGAUGAUCUCAGGUUAUAUCUUCAACAAUGCUGUUGAACAGGCUUUGGAUGUUUACAUAAGGAUGAGAUGUUGUGGGCUAGCACCAGAUUCCUUCACAAUCUCUAAUGUGUUGGCAGCUUGUAGUUUGCUUGAUUCACAUGAUUUUGGAAGGAGUGUCCAUGGGGAAUUAAUCAAAAGACCUGUCCAGGGUACUGUGGCUGUGCAGAGUGCACUGUUGACACUGUAUGUAAAAUGUGGAAACACUGAGGAUGCUAACUCUGUUUUUAAGGCAAUGGAGCAAAAAGAUGUUGUUUCUUGGGGCUCCAUGAUAUCUGGAUUAUGCCAAAAUUGGAAUUUCAAGGAAGCUCUGAACUUGUUCAAGGCAAUGGAGGCUGGAGGUCAAAGACCAGAUCCCAUGCUAAUGGGAAGUGUAAUUACUGCUUGUGUGGGACUCCAGAAUUUAGAAUUGGGUUGUGGUUUCCAUGGAAUUGUCCUCAAAAGUGGAAUGGGUUUGGAUGCUUUUGUUGGUUGUAAUCUGAUAGAAAUGUAUGCUAAAUCUGGUUUGCCAGAGAUGGCUGGGAAUGUAUUUUCUGAAAUGCCACAUAAGAAUUUGGUGUGUUGGAACUCAAUAAUCUCCUGCUACAUCUGGAAUGGUCUUCCAGAGCAGUCAAUUAAUCUUUUUCCGCAAUUAGUUCAGCAUGGUUUGAACCCAGACUCUGUUUCCAUUACGAAUAUCCUUGUUGCUAUCUCGUCAGUUGCGGCACUACUUAAAGGAAAAUCUGUACAUGCAUACCAGAUAAGACAUGAGAUACAGACAGAUCUUCAAGCAGGAAAUGCUCUAAUAGAUAUGUAUGUCAAGUGUGGAUGCUUAAAAUAUUCACAGAAGAUGUUUGAAAAAAUGCCUGAGAGAAAUUUAGUGACAUGGAAUUCGAUGAUUGCUGGUUAUGGAUCUCAUGGAGAGUGCAUGAAUGCAGUUGCAUUAUUUGAUGAGAUGCAAGGAUCGGGAGUAAUACCAGACGAUAUCACAUUCCUUGCCCUGAUUUCAUCCUGCAGCCAUUCGGGGUUUAUUGAAAAAGGUCUCAAUAUAUUCCAAUCAAUGACAAGAGACUAUAGUAUUGAACCUAGAAUGGAACAUUAUGUGAAUAUGAUUGAUCUAUUGGGUCGUGCUGGACAUUUGACUGAAGCUUACAGUUUCAUCCAAAGCAUGCCUAUUGUACCAGACAAGAGUGUUUGGCUGUGUUUGUUACAUGCCUGUCGAGUUCAUCGUAACAUUGAGCUUGCAGAAUUAGCUGCUCAUAACCUACUAAAUAUGGAUCCCGAUAGAGGCAGCAAUUAUAUUCAGUUGUUAAAUUUGUAUGGUGAAGCAUCAUUGUGGGACAAGGCAGCAAAUUUAAGGGUGUCGAUGAAAGAUAAAGGAUUGAAGAAGCAUCCAGGGUAUAGCUGGAUUGAGGUGAGAAAUAAAGUUGAUGUUUUCUACUCAGGGGAUUCAUCUUCCCCAAGGGCAAUUGAGAUUUAUGAUACAUUAAGGAGUCUCAGAACAAACAUGAGAAGGGAAAGUGGAAAUGAUGAAAUCCUUGCUUGAGUUACGAGCCUAAGAAAACAUGGGGAACAGAAGAUUGAAGAAGAAUCGAUGGU